AAUUCAAGAAGCGUGAUUAUGUUAGUGACGAUCGUCUCUGCAUUAUCGACAUUGUUCGAGUUCAUCAUCAACUCCAGUAUCUCCUUAACAGCAAAUUAAAAGAUCUGUUAUUUUACAAAUAAUUCGGCCCAACGUCUGAUCAGGAAAAAUUUUAUUUAUCAAUGGUUACAAUUGUGCGCGCAAGCAACGGGUAUAAAUUGAAUGGAAAUUGUUAUUUCAUACAAUUACGUACGCAGACGUCACUUUCACGAGCAGCUGUCCUUUGAAGACAAUUGCUCUAGCUAGAACCAAAACUGUCGAAUGAUCAAGUCGGGACCGUGAAUUGCGAUCGAAUGGGCACAGAUUGGUGGACGACGACACGCUCGAAAAGCAACGAGCUCCAUGCGCUGAGGGAUCCAUCGUGUUUCGUUAGAAUUCAGCGACGUCCAACUUGGCUGCACUUGAUAACGAUAUUUUUCUCGAGGAAGAUGCUCUGCUCUGCUCUCAAGUACGGCAUAGCUGGCGGGAUAAUGUUCAAUUAUCAUGCACGACUUGGCGUAUGCCUACUCCUGUUGACAGCUUUUGUGAAUUAUAUAUGAUUGGAGAGAUCUGUACACCUCUGUCUCUACACAGACAACACUACGUUUGUUAAAUCGUUGAGAUGAUCUAGUGAUGAUUUUCUCUAAAAGACCUUCAACUUUUACCUUGAUGUGUUACUAUACUGUGUCAAAUGUUGAUUUGAUUGCCAGUGGAUUUGUAAGAACUGCUUGUUAAUUUUGAAUUGUUACUAAUUUAUAUAAUUUUUUACUGUUAUUUUCUUUGUUAUUUUAUUUGUUUUUCUGUUGAACAUAUAUUUUGUAUAAAAAUCUAAGGGGAUAUUGUCCGAAAUUUUAGUUCUGUAGCAUCGCACUCAAUUUUAUACGAUUGCUUUGUAUCCUCAUUUGUUUCGUGGAUGUAAUUGUUGUGUUUGGGUCUCUAUUCUGCUUUCUGAGACAUGUUGUCUGUAUUAAGAAAUUCAUAUCAAAGAAAUGCUCGGUUGAGCAUAAGCUACUUUGUCCUUCGUUCUGUGGGAAGUCAUCAUUUUCAUACGUGGUUGCGCAAGAGGUUUCUUGUUCAAGAGAGAUUGGACAGCGGACAGUUGCAAUACUUCAAAUUGCAAAAAUGUGACUUUCGCACCACACAACACUUAUGUAUCCCACCAAUUAUGACUCUACUUCUGCGUCCUGUCCUACACAUUGGUGCAGCUUUGAUGGGACGUACUAUUAAGAAGUGGUGGGCACGUAAAUCUAAAGAGGAAAAGGAGGAAUACAAGCAGUGGUACAGAGAGAGACGCAAUAUGUUCUUGGGCUGCUUUGGAUUUUAUGGCCUAAUGUUGUUUACUUAUUAUAUAACUCACUUCAAAACUGAUCCACUGACACAGCGUUCAAGAUUUAUUAUUUUCAACAAGGAACAGGAGAGAGACUUAGGAAAAAGGCUUCAUGAACUUCAACUAGAAAUCUACAAAAAAAAUAUAGUACCACCAGAUCAUCCUGCUUACAAAAGAAUCUUAAGGGCAUUUAGAAGGCUUAUAGUAGCAAAUAAAGACUUGAAAUCUAUGAGAGAAACAAAGUGGAAUUUAACUGUUAUUGAUAUACCGCUAAUGAAUUCAUUUACUCUACCAGAUGGAAGUAUUUUUGUCUCUCUAGACUUACUAAGGUACAUUGAAAAUGAUGAUCAAUUGGAAUUUCUGUUGGCACACGAAAUGGCUCAUUCAUUACUCUCACAUUCGCUUGAAAUGAUGUCCGAUCAAUUUCUAUUGGAUUUACUAAUAGCAGUACCUAUAUUGUUAGUUUGGUUUACAUUCCCCGACAUGGCAGCUGCUAUUGUUCAUACGAUAGGAGAUCGGAUAACGAAAAUCGUAUACGAACUUCCGUAUAAUAGAGUUUUGGAGAAUGAAGCUGACGAAGUAGCGAUAAAAUUGUCUGCAAAAGCCUGUAUCGACCUGCGUGAAGCUGUCGUAUUCUGGGCUACGUUGAGAACGCUGACGGAAAUGGAGGUCUUACCGUCAGAGAUACCAUGGGUGUCGUCACAUCCUUCUCACGGUGACAGAGAAAAUAAUAUAAAUAAAGCAAUGAUAAAAGCAUUGGAAAUGCGGCGUGAUUCGGGAUGCCCGGAGUUACCCGCAGUAGACCCGAGGACCAAGUUCUACGAGCGAUCGGCGAGGGAGCAGAUGAUCCACUUCAGACGAAGAGGGAUUAUUGUGUGAGAUAUUGAAGGUACAUUGACUUGGUUGAACCGUUGUGCCUAAUGCAUAAGUUGUGCCCACUUUAGCCGAUUAUUACAACAUCCAGAGCAGGAUGGUCUUUACUGCGAGCAUUGCACUCUUUAAUUGCUCCCUCGCAUUGUCUAUCUCUUUUUAAUGACGUCAGAAGCGAGAAAAUGCAUGCGAAAAAUUCUUGCGACAUAUGUUGAAAUAAAAAUAUACAUCCAUAAAAUAACACUUGUAAUCGAUAAAACAAAUUUAUAAGAUAUUCCGUGCACCCUCCUUUUACUUUAACAAUCAAUAAUUUGUUGUAAAUUAACGUGACAUACAAUUCAUCUUAACCUAUUUCUCCGCCUAUUUAUAUUUAGGUUAAUUUAUGACAAAUUAUUCAUCAUUAAAGCAAAAGAGGAAUGCACGGAAUAUUUCACAGAUUUAUUUAAUCAAUUGCAAGUGUCAUUUUAUAGAUAUAUAUCUUUUUAUUUCAACGUAUUUCACAAGAAUUUUUAGCAUACAUUUUCUCACUUCUGACGUCAUUAAAAAGAGAUAGACAAUGUGAGGAACCUUAAAACUACAUCCGAUUUUUUUAAUACUAGUCUAUGAGCUUGUCACACAUCCAACUUGAAAGCGUAUCAACUGAUGUGCUUUAUAUGUCACGGCUAUCUCGAAAGUCUUAAAGAAUCAGUGUUAAAUCUGUAGAUGCUUCUCUAUGUCUACGUAUAUGUAAAUUUUUAAGUGUUACUUUGUAAAAUUGUACGUAAAAGUCUAUGAAAUCUUGUCUGGAAGAUCGUCUAAAGUGGGCUUAAAAAGAAAUUUUUCAUUCAACCAUUCAUUUUUAAUUUUUAAUUCCUUAAAAUUUUUACCAGAGUAUAAAUUGUGUAUAUACACUUCGUAAAUCAAGCUAUAUUUAUUUUUUACUAUAAAUGCGACCUGAAUAUUGUGUGUAUUAUCUGUACAUUGUAUAUUAUAUUACCUACAUCUUUUCAGUAUUUUUUACUUAUGGGUGUUAAUGCAAAUAUAUUUUAAUUUCAUUGCGUAAUAUGUGUAAAUUGCAUUCUGUCGAAUAGAUUUCGAUCUCGUUUGAUUAUUUAUUUUCGGUGAAUAUAUAUUCAGUAGCUCAAAGCGAUGAGAAUCUACGAUUGUAUAAAGAGUAUAUUUUUUCAAUAAC